AUCGCUGCUGCUGCUGCUGUAGAACUAGGUUAGGUUAGCUAAGUGCUGAAAGUACUGGACCCAGUAGCUCUUAGCUCUCUAAAUGAAAUGUGCAGCUAGCGCGGUCCAGAAGAGACUCGGAACCGGAUUGUGUGUUUCGGCGCGUUCUCACUUCUCACUGGAUUACUGUAGCGGCUGCAGUGAGCGGUACUGUUCCCUGCCCAUUCGGAACCGCCCUGGACCCCGCCAGCCCGCUACCCCGGGUUACUGAGCGGCUCUGGGCUGCGGUUCUGGGCGGGUUCUAGCUAAUCGGACCUGCAGCAGAACCUGCAUGUGGUUCUGUCAUGUGUCCGGCCGGCUGCGCGCAUGUGAGCGGGUUUAAAGUGGAGAACUGGAGGCAGAACCUGCGGAUCAUCUACCAGUGCUUUGUGUGGAGCGGAACCGCUGAGACCCGGAGGAGAAAGGCCAAGUCGUGUAUCUGUCAUAUGUGUGGAGCUCAUCUAAACCGGCUGCACUCCUGCCUCUACUGCGUCUUCUUCGGCUGCUUCUCCAAGAAACACAUCCACGAACACGCCAAAAACAAACGACACAACCUAGCUAUUGAUUUAUUAUAUGGUGGAAUUUACUGCUUUGCCUGUCAAGACUACAUAUACGACAAAGACCUGGAGCAAAUUGCCAAAGAAGAGCAGAGGAAGGCCUGGAAGCUGCAGGGCGUGGGGGAAAAGUUCUCAACAUGGGAGCCCACCAAGCGGGAGCUGGAGCUUCUGCGGCACAAUCCCAAACGGAGGAAAAUCACAACCAACUGCACUAUAGGUUUACGGGGCUUGAUCAACCUGGGCAACACGUGCUUCAUGAACUGCAUCGUUCAGGCUCUGACACACACUCCUCUGCUGCGGGACUUCUUCCUGUCCGACCGGCACAAAUGCGAAAUGCAGUCCAACUCCUGUCUGGUGUGUGAGAUGUCUCAGCUGUUUCAGGAGUUCUACUCGGGUCACCGCUCUCCUCACAUCCCCUUCCGGCUGCUGCACCUGGUUUGGACUCACGCUCGUCACCUGGCCGGAUACGAGCAGCAGGACGCCCACGAGUUCCUCAUCGCUGCCCUGGACGUCCUGCACCGACACUGCAAAGGUGAUGAUAAUGGGAAGAAGGGUAAUAACCCGAAUCACUGUAACUGCAUCAUAGACCAAAUCUUCACUGGUGGGCUGCAGUCAGACGUCACGUGUCAAGUCUGCCACGGCGUUUCCACCACGAUAGACCCGUUCUGGGACAUCAGCCUGGACCUGCCCGGCUCCUCCACGCCGUUCUGGCCCCUGAGUCCAGGCGGUGACAGCGGAUUGGUCAACGGCGAGGGUCACCUGACCGGCUCCACCACGCUCACAGACUGCCUGCGCAGGUUCACUCGGCCUGAGCAUCUAGGGAGCAGUGCCAAAAUCAAGUGUGGUGGAUGCCACAGCUAUCAGGAGUCCACCAAACAGCUGACCAUGAAGAAGCUUCCUAUAGUAGCAUGUUUUCACCUGAAACGGUUUGAGCAUUCAGCGAAGUUACGGAGAAAGAUCACUACCUACGUCUCCUUCCCCCUAGAGCUGGAUAUGACUCCGUUUAUGGCCUCCAGUAAGGAGAGCAGAGUGAACGGGCAGUACCAGCAGUCUGUAGACCUCUUAAACAACGACAAUAAGUAUUCCCUGUUUGCAGUGGUAAAUCACCAGGGCACGUUGGAAAGCGGGCACUACACCAGCUUCAUCCGCCAACACAAGGACCAGUGGUUUAAAUGUGACGACGCCAUCAUCACUAAAGCCAGCAUUAAAGACGUGCUGGACAGUGAAGGGUAUUUGUUAUUCUACCAUAAACAGUUCCUUGAAUACGAGUAGCCUUAUAACCGCCACUCUGCAGGCUGUGGAGAACAGCGUUCCUGCAGAACAGGACAGAAUAAAACACGCCUACCUGAAACUGUGACUACCCAUCGCCUCCCUCCCACGCGGAGCCAACCCAGAGAACUACAAAUAAACCCAGAAAACUUCAAAUAAACCCAGAAAACUACAAAUAAACCCAGAAAACCACCAUAAAACUACAUAUAAAACGUAAAGGAAUCAUAUAACACAUUCAGAUCAGCACUGAGAUCAGAGUUACUGUUACUUAACACCAAAGCCACACCCACUCUAUACAUUACUGAACACCAGGGACGAACUGAUCUGUGAACAGAGGAAGAGGAGGAGGUGAAGGAGGUGGAGUGGGUUAUGAUGAUGAUAUUAUAGGACCACUGUUAAAAAUUAUAAAAAUUAAUAGACAUAUUAUUUAUAUGGGACCAAAAAAUCCUACAAGUUGGCCUUUUGAGAAUAAAAUCGAAAUGUUUCAAGAAUAAAGUUGAAAUAUUUGGAGAAGAAACUUGUAAUAAUUUGAAAAUAACAUCAGACCAUUUUUAGAGAAUAAAGUCAUAAUAAUUUGAGAAUAAGUUCGUAAUAUUUAAGAAUAAAAUAGGUUGACAUUAAGAAUAAAUUCAUAAUAUUUUUAUAGUAAAAAAACAGUCCUAAAAUUUGGCCUUUUGGGAUAUAAAAUCGAAAUAUUUAAAAAAUAGAAUUUGGAGAAUAAAGUCAAAAGAUUGUGAGAAUAAACUUGUAAUAAUUUAAGAAUAACAUCAGACAAUUUUUGGAGAAUAAAGUCAUAAUAAUUAGAAAAUAAAGUCGUAGUAAUUUGAUAAUAAAGUAGGAAUAUAGAAAAUAUUCUCCAAAUAGAAAAUUUGGAGAAUAAAGUCAUAGAAAUUUGAGAAUAAAGUCAUAAUAGUUUAAAAAUAAAGUCAUAUUAAUUUAAGAAUAAGGUCAUAAUAAUUUGAGAAUAAUGUCAAUGUUUUAAGUGUAACAUCUGAAUGGUUCCAGAUUAGUGUCAGACUAUUUUGAUAAUAAAUUCAUAAUAAUUUGAUAAUAAUGUCAUAAUAUUUUAAGACUUAAAUAUUUCAAGAAUAACAUUGGAAUAUUUGGAGAAUAAACUUGUAAUAAUGUGCGAAUAACAUCAGAGAAUUUUUGAGAAUUAAGUCAUAAUAAUUUGAGAAUAACGUCUGAAUAUUUCCAGAUCAGUGUCAAAAUAUUUUGAGAAUAGAUUUGUGAUAAUUUGAUGAUAACAUCAGAAUAUUUCCAAAAUAUUGGCACAAUAUUUCAAGAAUAAAAUCUGAAUAUUUGACAGUAUUUUGGAAUAUUUAGAAAAUAGCGCCGAAAUAUUUCAAGAAUAAAGUCUGAAAAUAUAUUCAAAAUUAUGUUUUUUUAUAUUUUGAGAGCAAAACUGGAAUAUUUUACAAAUAAAGUUGUUACCACCAGAAAACUUCUAUCAACAUGUUUCUCCUAAAUCCAUAAUAGUGUGACAUUUCCAGAUAGAAAUACCAAUUUCAUGGUAAAAUGUUAUGACUUUGUUUUAAGCAUUACAACUUUAUUCAAAAAAUAUUAUGAAUUUAUUUUUUAAUUAUUAUGUGUGUAUUCCAAAACAUUUAUGGGUUUAUUCUCCAAAAAUAAUCAAAUAAAAGGACUUUAUUCUGUUUAACAGUGUUUCUACAUCAUCAUCACAGUGGGCUCAUCUCAACCUUGACUACAGUAUUUUACCUUAUAUAUAUUUUUUUUUUUUUUCCCUCCAUGGUGCUCACAUUCAGACUGACCAAUCAUCCAAUCAUUGGACGCCUGCUGGUGGGGUGGGCGGGGUUUCUGUACUGCAUAUGCAUAUUGAACUGAACUGAACUGAAAAUGCAAAAAAAAGAAAGGAAAAAAAAAACAGGAAAAAGUGCAAGAAAGACAGAGUUACAUGCACUCUCAUUUUUGUGAGAUAUAUUUUUUUUAUUUCGUUUUUUUUUUUAAGAAAUGGUUAUGAUGUGAUAUUGUUUGUGAUAUUUGUUAUGAGAGACUGUAUGAAUCUGGUGUCUGGUGUUUUUGGGUCGGCUCUGAUGUUGAAGAUGAGAGUCUUUUCUUUAGUUUAUUUUUUUAUAAUUCAUUAAUUGAUUGAUUUGGGGGCGGGGCAUGUGUGUCCUGAUUUGCAUACACCAGUCUCGUUAGAGUUCAGGGUAAUUUUUUAUUAUAUAUAUUUUUUAUUAUUAUUCCCCUUAUAUUGGUAAUUUCUUGUUUCUUUUGCGUAAUUUUUGGGAAAAGUGUUACAGAGCUGAAGGCGACUCUCCGAGCUCUUUGAUUGGUUGAUUACCUUCUGAUUGAUUAAUUGAUUAAUGUAUUAAUUAUUCUGGCUGCCUCUGCAGCGUACUGUAUUCUGCUGUACUGUUCCGCUCGCUGUGCCUCCGUGUGUCCACCAGGGGGCGCCGCCGAACCUGUAGGCCUAUGCAAGGCAAAGUAUUAAAGGGGAAGUUCACUUUUCUUUUUUUUUUUUGGCCUGAAGGUCAUGUGACUCAUGGGGACCAUGUUAGUGACUGCAGACUCCAUACUUUUCAUUUCUUUAAAAUAAAGAGUAUUUAUUCAAACACUGCCAUGCCAAAAAUCAUGGCAUAGCAAACUGAUCGUGA